AUGGAAUCAACUGAGAAUUUGAGUCUAUCUAUGGCGACACCUAAUAGCUCUUGGAAUUCAUCAAGGAGCGCUAGUGCUGUAUUAAAUCUACCGACGUUAAUUUAUCUACCGGAAUAUGUACUCUUCACUAUUUUAUCGUUAAUGGCCAUCAUUGGUGAUACAUUAACUUUACUAGCGAUUAGAAUGAAGAAAGUGCGUGUUCAAAAUGAUAUUUUAAUUCAAGCAUUAGCCACCUAUGAUAUAUGCAACUGUUUAUUCGUUUCUCCAGUUGCGAUUAUUCCAUUUGCAAUCUCAUAUCAAAGUAUUGACGGCUAUAAAUUACUUUGCAAGAUAGUCGGUAUGGCUCGCGUUUUUUUCAAUGUUGGUUCGCUUACCGUUGUAGUAUUAAUGGCUAUGGAGCGGCGAUUAGCUAUUACUAGUCCAUUCUUGCAUCGUAUUCGUAUUAAUAAAAGAGUUAUUCGAAAAGCUAUUAUCAUUGCAAGUCUCGUUAUUAUUACUGGUGUCAUAGUUCCGAGUUUUCUAGGAGCAGUCCAUUAUGGACCAAUUGAUAGACAUGGAAUGAUUUGCUACAUUCAAUUUGGCCAAUUUAAUAUUUUAGCUAAUGGUACAAAUACUCAGUCUAGACUAGGAUCAUUUAUUGCUAAUGCUAUUGUCACUAUUGUUGUUGCCAUUUUAGUUAUAACGUUGGUCUGUAUGAAUGGGCAAGUAGUAAGUUUACUCAGUCAGCGUUGCAAAAUUAUGCAAGAUAAAGGAAACGAAUUAUACUUGAAUAAAGUUAUUAAUUAUUGUCCACUUUGUAAGUUGAUGAUUUUCAUCUCAGUCUUAGCAUUAUUGGCUUAUGCUCCCUACGUGAUUUAUGGGGUUGUUAGCUCAUUUGGUGUUCGCCUUCCGCUACGAGCCGAGAUAUGGAUUUUUAAUCUAUUUGUAUGGCUAAAUAUGUCCUUAAAUCCUAUAGCCUAUGGGAUGGCCAGGAAGCAAUAUCGAACUUACUACUUAUACUUUCUCAAGAAAUCUGUCCGAAUUAUGACAUUUCGCUCCUCAAAAGAUAUUAAAGUUGUGGAUAAUGAACGUUACUGUGUGGAAGCUGCACACGAUCUUAAAUCAAGUACUUUUACUAAGACGACCAUUUCUAGACUUUCAUCAAAGUCAUGUUCCAUUGUUGCUAAUCGAACUAAGCAACAGAGAGUACCUGAAGAAAUAACAUCGUUUUAA